GUAAAGAGCGCGGCCGACCUCCAAACGGCGAAGGAGCUGCUGCCUGGAGCCAUCUUGGUGGCCUUCGUGGUCUUCCUCUCCUCCUUCGCCGGGGCCAAGAAGUUCGCCAUGAAGGACGGCUAUCAGAUCCGUGCCUUCAACGAGCUCAUGGCCCUGGGCUUCGCCAACAUGCUGGGGGCGCUCACGGGCUCGGUGCCUACGCAGAUCGGCCUCUCCCGUAUGGGCAUCGCGCACCAGGCUGGGGUCAAGAGCCAGCUCGGGGCGAACAUUGUGGUUGGAGUGGUGGUUUGCUUGGGCGUGCUCCUCUUCAGCAGUUACAUCCAGCACGUGCCCAUGUGCGUGCUGAAUGCGAUCAUUGUGAAUGGCGCCUCGCACCUGACGGAGUUCGAUCAGGCUGUGGAGCUCUGGAAGUUUGCCACCAAUAAGCGAUACAACUGGAAGACACGAGGAGACAUGCUGACCUGGAUCAUCGGCUUCUGCUGCACCCUCUACUUUGGCGCUUUUCAGGGAAUGCUGUCAGCAGUCUUCGCAUCUUUGAUCAUCAUCCUGUAUCAGGUGGUGAACCCGGACAUCGUGCAGCUGGGCUUCCGCGAGGGCGACGUCAUGGACGCCGCAAGGCCCCGCAAGUGGAUGGCGCUGGAUCGCAAAGGUGCUGUGAAGGAGCCUCAGAUCCUGGUCUUUCGCCUGGAGGGUCCCCUCUUUUACGCCAAUGUGGAGCGGCUGCAAGAAUGGGUGGAGGAACAGGAGGUGGAGAUUGGCGAAGAGGAGGGCGAGCUCAUCGGCAUUGUCCUGUCAGCCUCGGCCAUACCCUUUAUGGACACCACAGCAGUGCAGGCCCUCUCAGCGCUCAUUAAGACGUGCAGCGAGCGCGGCACCCUUUUCUGCAUCGCCAAUACCUUCGGUCAGACUGGACGCAUUGCCGCGGAUCAGCUGGAGCCGCUUCUGAAGGAGUCCAUUACAGAUUCCUUCCUCCGGUCACAGCUCCAGAACUGCUCCAGCGUGGACGACUUCGUGCGGCUGAUCCGCGCUUACAAAGAGGCGCACAGCGACGUCACCACUCACUGCCUCAUGCGCGCCUCCAUGCUCCAGACGAAAAGAAUGGCUUCCAGAUGUGACAGGCUGACUCCAUGUGUGAUACACAUCCGGAUUGGUCUUCCAUGAGCAACUUGUUCGAGGAGCCAAGUGGUGCCCUGAGAGUGGGAGAUGGGCUUGCUCCACAUUCCGGAGCUUCUGGUACCAACUGCGACGCGAUAUCAUUGACCUCGCGGCCAGAUUCGGCAUUCGCAAUGCCUUCAUGGAAAGAACGCUGCCUUAUUGAAUUACCAGGCAAGGCAAGCCGAGUUUUUAGCUACUUACAACCCCUUAGUGAGGGGUGACAGGGG